ACACAUACAAGUUAGUUUAGUCUUUAUGUGAUAGGUUGUUAAUAUGUUACUAUGUUCUUUCAACUAAUUUAUUUUUAAGUGAUAACACCAUCAUUCUUCAUCCCUGUGAGCUCGUGUGAUGGUUAAUAAGCCAAACCAGAUCGGAAGUUGUUAUUUCGCAGAGCACGUCGGCUUAUGGCUGCAACUCGCUGGACUAUCAAUUCUCUAAGAAGCGUUUAUCUUGCUCGUGUGGCCGGCUCAUGGAGGAAUAUAUCUUCAAAACCUUUACAGGCUAAGGAAAUGGUGGCGUCCAGGGUGCGCCGCCGCGACACAGACCACGAGCUUAGGAGCUUGAUUUUCAACAGCGCAUGCCAACGGCGGAGUGCCACCAUCGUACUCCAUAAAUGGAUGAACGAAGGCCACAAAAUUUCGGCUUUUCAGCUUCGGUGUGUGUAUAGGCAGCUAAUCAAACGCCGUCGUUUUGGCGCAGCUGUAGAGAUCCUAAUCUGGAUGGAAUCUCAAGACAGUUCUUCCAUGUCUCCUUCUGAUUACGCAAACAGGUCAGAAUUGACCAUUAAAAUGUACGGUUCAAAAGCUGCGGAAGAGCAUUUUGAAAAUCUGCACACUUCCAUUUCAAAGAAAGCUUCUUGUCUUCCUCUUCUCCAUUGUUAUGUUAAAGAAAGAUGCACUGAGAAGGCAUAAGCACUAAUGGCAAAGAUGAACAACAUGGGGUUUGCUGUGACUUCUCAGCCCUUUAAUGAGAUGAUGAAACUAUAUAUGGCCACAUCUCAGUACACCAAAGUCCUAUCUGUCAUCCUCCAAAUGAAGCAAAACUGUAUACCCCUAAAUGUUCUCUCUUAUAACUUAUGGAUGAGUGCUUGUGGAAAUAUGAGUGGCAUUUCAUCCGCAGAGAGUGUGUACAAAGAAAUGAUCGAUGAUCUGACUGUUGACCUAGGGUGGACCUCUUUGUGCACAUUAGCUGAAAUUUACCUAAAAUCCGGACUUGUGCAAAUUUUGGUGCUCGAGCUUGCAGAAAAGAAAUUAUCCACCUGUAACCGCCUUGCUUAUUUCUUUAUAAUUACGAUUUAUACUUCUUUAAACAACAAGGAAGGAGUGCUCAGGCUUUGGGAAGCUUCUAAAGGUGUGGGAGGAAGAAUGACUUGUGCCAAUUACAUGUGCAUGAUUUCAUCUUUGGUGAAGCUCGGCGAGAUCGAGGAGGCCGAGAGUGUUUUUCGAGAAUGGGAGUAUCAGUGUAGGACAUAUGAUGUCCGGGUUCCCAAGAUUCUUCUAGGUGCAUAUAUGAGGAAUGGAUUGACAGAAAAAGCUGAGUUACUAUGUCUUCACAUACUAGAGAGAGGCGGAAUUCCAAAUUAUAAGACUUGGGAAAUACUUAUGGAGGGUUGGGUUAGAAGCCGGGAUUUGUCAAAAGACUAGUUUUAUGUUCACUUGCAAUUUCCUUUCAACAAGAUUGAAACUUUUGAAGAUGAACCACACAUGAUUACCUAAACAUGUACAUUAAGAGCCUAGCAUAGUUAAUCAGUUAGUGUAUCCAUAAGACUUUU